CAACUGAAGAAUAUUUAAAAUAAUAAAAACUACGAAAUAACGAAAUUAAAAUAAAAAUUAAAUAAAUCAAUAAUUGGCGCGUACACUUCUGGUAGGCGUUUGGCCGAGCACCUUCUGCUAUUUGCCGCAUGCGUCUUGAUGUUGUUCCACAAAUGGAGAGAUCCAGCUUAGAUCAGAACUGAAAACUAAAUUUAAAAAAUUAAUUAAAAAAAUGUAUACAAAACUAAAGAAUGCAUAAUUUUUGAAAUACUGGACUAGUUAGAAACUUAAUAAAAUCAAGGAACAUUUGAGGCUUGGAACUUUAAUAAAUGUGAACAAAUAUUUCUUUGAGUUGCGGGUAAAGAAAAAAAUAAAUGAAAAUCUAAUCUCAUUGAAAAAGCAAAGCUAGGUAAAAAACGAAAUUAGAAACAAAAUUUAAUAAAAUGCAGAACUCAGGAAUUGUAUAAAAUGGAUAAAGUACCAAAAAAUGUUUUCUCUCGAACAAAAUUUUUUUCGUGAUCACGAAUUCAAAAACUUGACUUUAAUGCCAAAAUAAUUAAAUAUUGAAAGUUUUUUCUGAAGCAUUUUUUUAUGAAAAAAAUAAAAUGAAGUAAUAACUGAAAAUUUUUCUAAAAAUUGGAAAAUAGUAAAAAGCUAUUAAAAAACAAUAACUGAAAAACUUUCAAAAAAUUGGAAAAUAGUAAAAAGCUGUUAAAAAGCAAAAACUGAAAAAUUUUCAAAAAAUUGGAGAAUAUUAAAAAACUGUUCAAAAGCAAUAACUAAAAAAUUUCAAAAAAUUGGAAAAAAUGUUAAAAAGCAAUAACUGAAAAAAAUUCAAAGCUCAAAAUACUCACAUAUAAAUGGAAAAAAGGACUUAAUUGAACAAAAAAUUUCGACAACAAUAAAAAAAUGUGUAAAACAACAAAGCAACAGAAUAAAAACUAAACAGGAAUUAGCGCUCUUAUUUCUGAAAUCAUGGCAGAUAUACGAACACUACUUUACAAGAGUACUUGAAAUUAAAAAAUAUAAAAAUUUUAAAAUUUAAAAAUGCUUUAUUUACUCAUUUAAGAGCACCCGAAUGCUUAAUUGAGAAUUUCACUAAAAAAAAAUUUUCAGAAAAAUCAAUUAAAUAAAAUGGGGCAAUAAGGAACUCGAUAUUUCGCUUUAAAAUAAAAUAUUUCUCCUUAAGAAAAAAUGUGAGAAAUAAUUAAAGGAAUUCUUCCGAUCAACGUGAAUUCACAAAUUAACAAAAAUUUAAACCAAACAGAAAAAGCAAAAAAAAAAAAACAGAAAAACAAAAAACCGCGCCUUUGCCACUAAAAUCUAAGCACAACACUUUGUCAGCAGCAAAACAGUAGCACCAAAUCGAAUGGCGAAUCUCGUGACUAUUUUUCCAAUUUCUUUCCGCAAAUUCUCCGUAUUCCUACAAAUGAAAAUCGUGAAGCACCAAAUGCGUGUGCGACAACAAAGACAACAAAAUUGCUUUAGAAAUAUACAAAAUGAAAAAAUAUAAUUAGUUUGUCGGCGCACAGCUGAAAAAUUAACUAAUUUGCGAAGAUAUAAAUGACAACAAAAAUCAGAAAAUAAAAUUUACUUAAUUUAUAAAAAGUGGGGAAAUUGCCGCCGAAGAAUCGAAACAAAAGUUAACGUGGGGUGAUUAUAAAAGGGUGCAAAUGCGCAAAAUUGCACAAAUAUUAAAAAAAAAAAACAAUGUUGCUUUAUAAGUUGCUUUUUUACUUAUAAAGCAACAACAACAAACUGCAACCGCUAAAUGAAAAUAUUAAAUAUUGCAGAAGCCAGACUGCCAUUCUGCGACACUGCGUAAGAAAUAUUCGGUACUACGCUGAUAAAAAAAUGUUCGAAUGAUUAAAAUUAAUUGUGUGUGCGUGUGUGUAUGUGCAUUAAUAUGUAACGGAAAUUUCUUUGAAGACUGAUAUUUCUUAAAUUCGCUUUCGAAAGAUAUUAACUGUGUAUGUACGAGUGCGUGUGUGUGUAUGUGCAGUGGUAAAACAACAAAUGCGUUCAAACGUGAGCGAAAAGUUGAAUAACUGAUAAAAAAAAACAGCUGAAAAUUGAUUGCAAAAAGUGACUGGAGUGUUUUUGAUAGCGAAAAAUUAAUAACAAAAGCAAUGAACAAACUCACAGUUUAGUGGAAAAAAUAAAUAAAAAUUCGAUAAAAAAAUUAAGGGACCAAAAUAAAAAAGUAACACAGUAAAAUAAUAAAAGUAAAUAAAAAAGUUAAUAAAUGAGGAGUUUUUCUAAGAGUUUGUUGGUAUAUAGGAUUUGCAAGUUUUUUGGCUGUGAAGUAUUUGAAAAUUCUGCAAAAUUCUAAUUCAGCACCCCAACACAUUAAGGAUUUCUCGCCAACUAUUCCAUAAGAAUUGAGCAGCUAAGUAAAAAAUAGCGCAGCUACAAAAACAACAAACAGCCAGGAUUUAGCAAACAACAAAGGAUUAAAAACUAAUUAAAAACUAAAAACAGCAGUAAGAGUGCAGUGAAUGUAACAAACAGAAAAGUGUUCUAAAUAGAAAAAAGCAUAAAGUGAAAUAAAAAAGAAAAUUCCACAAACAGCAACAAAGUGAAAAACUAAAUUGAAAUCAAAAAAGGGAAACCCCGCAAAAAAUAUAUAGCAAAUAAUUGCAAACUGUGAAAGCGUGAAUAAAUGGAAAAUUAAAAAACAACAACAACAAAGUGCGCGCGUAUCAAACAAUAAACACAAAAAAAAAUGACUACAAAUGCAACAACAAAAAACUAACAGUGCAACAGCUGCACACUGCUAAAAGCCAAAAGGAAAUUGAACUACAAUUAAAUAUUGAAAACACAACUGAAAAUUGUUAAUAGUUUUAUUGUGAAAAAAUAAAAAAUCAAUAUAAAACUGCUGCUUGAAAAAAACGCAAAAUUUUAUUUUCUAUGAAUAUAAUACAAACACCGUUUUUGUGUCAAAAAAAAACUUUAAACUUUUUUUAUGUGCCAAAAGUGUGAGCCACAAAAAGUGCGCAAAUAUUUACAAAAUUCAACGCAUCGAUUUUGGAAUUUCCUAUUCAGUGAAUUUCGUACGAAAUAAAAUAGUAUUUCGGUACGUGACAGUGACACGCCUAUUUACAUAUAAUAACGGUUUUGUCUGCGCUAUUAAGUGGCAACUGAAUUCCUGCUAUUUUUUGGAGCCACUGAUUUGCAUAAAGGAUACGAAAUAAGCGAAAUUUGUUAGCUACAUUUUUUAUAUGCAGCCACGUUAAAGCGAAAAAUUGUACACAUUCAGCUUUAAAAUUGAGCUUGCAGACAUUUUCAUCAUAGCAUCAGCAAAACUCUACCCAGACAUACGAGCAUGCGAAAUCAACAGGCAACCAAAUGAUGCAAAAUAAUCUGCCAUUAAACAGACGCCGCCAAUAGUGUGUUGCAGAUCAGCAGCAGAAGGUAUUCGUCUCCGCAUUGAUUGGCGUAUGUCCGACAAUAAGCUUGGCUAAAAACACCAAGUUAUGGAACUGCCCUCGAUGGUUCAACGCUCCGGCGACACGCUUAUAGUACGCAGCGUUGUCAGUGGCAAUCAAUUAUAUUUGGAUCAGGGUGCCGCUUCCACGAACAACAAUAUCAACAGCAACAAACAUAGCAGCCCUUCGCAGCUGCAGCAACAGCAGUCGAUUGGCACCACUAACUUAUCAAAUAGUGCGCUGGAACAAUUGGAACGUUACCGUGCCGCAGCCGCACAAUAUCACCUUCAACAACAGCAGCAGCAGCAACAUCAAAAUGCCACACAACAGCAACAAAGUGCAGCAGUCGCGGCUGCAACUGCUUCAGCGGUAGCGCAACAGCAGGCCAUGGAGCUGAAGGACGAGGGUCUGCCGCAAUGUAAGAUCAAGCGCAAUUACAGCUGCAGCUACUGCACCUAUUUCACACAGAAUCCGCGUUAUCAUUUGACGCAUCUGCGAGAUGUGCAUGGCGAAAAAAUUGUCAUCAACAAAUGCAAGCUGUGUCUGUAUGCUUCACGACACUUCCAAAAGUUGGUGCGUCACAUGAAAAUGGUGCACGGCUGCACCGACGGUGUGGCCGGUGGGCAUGGGCAGCCCCGUGGUAAACGAGGUAUGAGUCGGGAGGCACGCAAACGGAAGCUGGAGCAAAGCGUCGGCUUGGGCGGCGCACAGGGGGAGAUCAGCGGUGGUGGUGGCGGUGGCAAUGUCGGUAUGGGCGAUGCCGUUUCGAAGAUGCCAACUUAUGAGCAGGUCAAACGCGAGCUAGAACUGCAGCGCGAAUCGCUCUUCGCCGUUGUCUAUGAGCGUGAGUUACAGGCGCAACGGGAACGCGAUCUAGAAGCCCGCCAGCAAGCACAGAACGUCUACGAACAAGAAAUUCAAGCAGCGACCGCAGCUGCUGCUGCCGCGGCAGCAUCUGAAACACAACGCCAUCAAUCGCCGAUCAAUGCAACUACCAGCAACAACGCUAGUGCCUCGUCAAACAGCGCUGGCACCACCAGCAGUCAUACGGCUUUCCAAUUGCCACCCGCACAUCAGCAGCCGCUUACCACACAUACCCGCAGCGUUGAGCUUUCACCAUCCCCCACCGAUUCGGUGUCGCCUGUGCAUGGCGCUGAAGCUGCCACUACGGCUGCUUUGCACUCCAGCGGCGUUUCGCUAACCUAUGUUGGCGAUGAGCCCACACAGAAUAGACUGCUUAAGUGCAGCCUUUGCGAUUUCACCACACUCUUCCGCGCUCAAUUGGUCGACCAUGAAUUGGACGAACAUUGCAAGACAAAAUUCUUCCGCUGUGAAAAGUGUUCGUAUGUGACACACAUUAAAGCGCGCUUCAGCAAACACGUCAAGUAUCACUCCAUGCCUAUGAUCAAAUGUGUCACUUGUGAUUUUCGUACCCCUUAUAAAUGGAAUCUCGAUCGUCACAUGAAAAAUCAUGGUGGUGCAGGUCCAUUCAAAUGUGCCGCCUGUGAUUUCACAGCCGACAUCAAACAAUCGCUCACAGUGCACGAAAUGAAUCACCAUGUGCCGCCGGUGGGACAUGCGGCGGGUAUGUCGCUGGCACGACGACGCAACAAAGUUGGUGGUACUGAUUUGUGCGAAGAUUUCCUCAGCGAUUCUGCAGAUAUAUUGGAAGAUCAUUUCAAUAAUAACAAUCUCGAUGAGUAUGAUGAAGCAUUAAUGACGGCGGAGCCUUAUAGCAAACGUGGCAAAUACGACGACGAUGAGCCGACCGAUUUAUCAGCGAAAGGAGGCUCGUCGGACACAUCGUCGGUGCAUAAUCACAGCGGUAAUGUAUCACAAACGCCAAAGGCAAAGCGGCCCAUACCGAAUCUCAUUCCGAUACCGAAAAAUACCGUACCAAGCAUUAUGAAUCUUUCCAAAGAGUUCGCUUCGCGCAGCUCCCUCACUGAUAUCGCUUCCAUGUUUUUCAAUGACAAGCAAAUUUCUGAGAUGUUGCAGCCUCUCGAGAAGGCAGACGCCGCCCAACUAUCACCCACGCCCACCGUUGCGUCCACCUCGAGUCACGCCUCGCGUAGUUUGCUGCAAAAGAAACCCACACCGGGUGGCAGUUUCUUCGACAAAUUGAAAUCCUCUGCCUUGGCGGGUCCAAGCGAGAAUCUCAUCUGUCCUUGCGGUCAUAUGGCUAAGUGCCUAUCGGAGUCGAUAAUCCACCGCAAAACAUGCAAUUUCGCAGCUAUCGCCGAAGAUGAUGUUGAGGAAGAGCAAGACGAUGCAGACGAUCGCUUAGAAAUCGAUUUUGCCGAGGACGACGAUCGACAGUCGCAUUCAGCACUGAAUCUAAGUGUAACUGGUUCUACGCGUUGUCAGCAUUGUCGCCAUCGUUGCAAAUCGUCAGCAGAUCUUUUGAAUCACCUCAAACAGUGCACCGAAGCAAGUCGCUGUGGCAAUGACUCGUACGAUUCGCUCUCUGGUGAUAGUAGCGCUGGCCGUGCUGGUGGCGCUGACUCCACUAACGACCAGCAUCCUAUGGAAAAUCGAGUAUUUAUUUGGAAUAAAAUGCCAGGCGGUGAAGCGGGACAACGCGAAGGCAGUCAGUGCUCGGAAAUCCGCGGGCAAACAAAUAAUACCGCGGAAUCAUCGGGAAGUAGCGGGAAUGGCGCAAGCAGCGCCACUUGUGAAGAGAACAGUUACUACGGCGUUGAAACGGCACCAGGUUAUGGUGAGGUAACGAAAAAGAUGACGCCAGAAGAAGAAGCUGCCAAUUCUUCUUUGAAAAAAGUCUACAAAUGCCCGCAUUGUUCAUUCUGGGCCUCGACAGCUUCGCGUUUUCACGUACACAUCGUCGGUCAUUUGAAUAAGAAGCCAUUUGAAUGCUCGCUUUGCUCGUAUCGCUCCAAUUGGCGUUGGGAUAUCACCAAGCAUAUACGCCUAAAGACCAUUCGUGAUCCCAGUCACAAGAAUGCGCGUGUCCUGAUGAACGAUGAAACUGGGCGUCGUAAUUACACCAAAUAUAACAAAUACAUCACAUUGAUGAAGGUGACCGAAGAAGAUGGCGAUCCUAAGCUAAUGAAAUCGGGGGAGAUGACACCUAACCAAGUGGCUUCUCUAUCGUUUAUCAACGACUUCAAUAAGAAUGUGGGACCCAAUGCCUUGACCUCCACUCAUUUGAACGGUAUAAAGGAGGAUAUAACUCUGGAGCCGAUACCAUCCAAGUCUAACGGUGGUAAUAAUGGUGGCAGUAGCAAUGGUGGAGGCGAUCAGUUAUCAGAUGGUUUCAUACGUCUGCCGCUGUUGGCUACAAUGAUGAACGCUGCAAUGGCACAACAGCACCAUCAACAGAAGGACCAGGAACAUGGUCAGGCAGCAAUGAUUACGCCUUCGGUAACCAUUUCAGCUGUGAAGCGUUCGCCACCGCCACUAAUGAAGCCUAGCGAUGACUUGGUUACCGACGUCCGACAGGAGGGUAACGAGAAGAAAACAUUCUACCGGUGCCGCAAGUGCAGUUUUCGUCAUGCUAAUCGCGAUGCUGUACUCGCCCAUGUCAAGAUACAUUACCAGGAUUCCAAUUACCCUAUUGUAACAGCGACAGCAACCACUUCACCCAAGUCGGCGAAUUCCCAGCAACAACACAAUACACCACUUCAGGUGGCCGUCAAUCCAAAUAUCUACAUGAACAAAGUUCUCGCCGCAAUGUGCCUUUCCCAGCAGCAACCACAGCAACCCAACUCGAAUUCUUCAGCAAAUAAUAAUGAUCCACAACAACAACAACAUUCCAUAAUUUCAGCCGGUCUGUUGCAACAGGCAAUUCAGGGCGCACCGCCCAACUCACCACUCAGCUGUCUGGCAUUGACGCUCGCCGGCAAGAGUCCAGCCAAAGCAACCGCUUCUAUUUUAGAGCACGGUGAGCAGAAAGCGACACAAAACGAGGCAAGUGCCAAAAGGCCGACGUCGCCCAAACAAAACAGCAACAGCAACAACAAUAGUAGCAUAACCCUAACUAAUUUAGCGACGUCGUCACCGACAUCAUCUUCUCCCAACUCCUCUGGCGGCAGCAAUGUUUGUGGUGUUGGUUUGGUCGGUUCGGCCACAUCAGCGUCAUCGUUGCAACACUUGUUAACCUCACCGCGCGGCACUUACACAUCAUCUGCACAUACGCUACGCAAUCAACUACAUUCGCCUACAAUCAGCACCAACAGCAACAACAACAAUGGUGGUAGUUUUGGUGUCGGUGGUCAUACUAAUAACAAUAAUAGCAAUAAAAAUUUGGUAAAGGGUGCAUUGACAGUUACGAAACACAACACCGCAACAACACCUUUGCAUGGAACAAUUGACGGUGGCUUUGGUUCACCCACAAGCGCAGUGUCGUCGGUAACGGCAGCCGAAGCAAUUGGUACAUCUUCAUUACACUCAUCGCCAAGUGCUGAUGCUGCACCCAACACACCCAGUGCCAUAACAGUAACUACACUUCCUACUACUCCUACCAGUUCUACUACUGCAUCCGUGGGAACAAAGUGCGCUAGCAAUCCAUAUCAUAUACAAAUGGGUCUCAUCGGUGCUUCAUCUAUUUCCAGCAAUCAUAGUGGCGCUAUCGCCUAUAUUGGUGGUGGUGGCGGUAGUGGUGGUGGUAUCGUUGGUACUCAUAGUGAUAAUAAUAAUAGUCUAUGUAUUGGUGGUCUUAUGUUUGGUUCUAAUAAUUCUACUACUACUACUACUAGUUUAAAUCGCAAUACUUCCAUACCUACUACUACAGCAACAACAAUAGCUAGCAGUGGCACAACUGCUGGCAACAGUGGUGGUGCAUCAUCAUCUUCAUGUAAUUUGUUAUUAAGCUCGACUCAGUCGGCUACUGCGGCGGCGGCGACGGCGACGGCAGCAUCAGCUCUUUAUGCCUCCAAUGUGAUCACUCUGUCACCGCCCUCGGCAUCGUCAUGUAUUUCGGCAAAUGCAACGACUAGCAAUUUCAGUAAUACACAAAAUCCAAAUCAAAGUCAGAGUAACAAUUGUAGUAAUUUAUUAGUAAACGACAGCGAGCGGCGUGAACCGUCGCCGUAUCGUUGCGGUCAUUGUCAUCAAGUAUCAAAUUGGAAGCAUGUCAUCCAGCGGCACUGUCGCUUGAAACACGCUGGCGACAUACGCAUCGAAACCCUUGAUCGCACCGCGAGCGCCAACGAACGCCAUGCACCGCCCAUCUACCGGCCACUCGGCAAUGGCGCCUCCAACGAGUCCAACUACGGGCUCACACUUAAAGCUUUACAGCAACAACAACACCAACAGCAGCAGCAGCAACAGCAACAACAACCGCCACAUAUAAGCAGCAUUACCGGUGGUCCCCCAAGUCACUCGGUACUUAUGAGCAAUAACAAAAACGAGCAACAUCUAUUACAUUCACCACUCGCCGGCACCGCUGCCGCUAACGCAGCCACCACACCACAGGAGCUGCAGCAAGCUGCCGCUGCCUAUAUAGCAGCCACUUACAAGGCCGCAGCUGCUGCUGCUGCAAAUUCAACCGGCAAUGGUUCGGCUGCCGCUGCCGUUGCAGCAGCUGCUGCUCUUGGGCUCAGCAGCGAAGAUUUGUUAUUGCAUCAACAAUUGCAACAAAAUGAUCAAAUUGAAAUCACUCGUCUGCCGCCGGGUGUUAGCAAUGCUGCCCAGUCGCAAGCGCAGGCACAGGCACAACCGCAGCCACAGCAGCAACAACAACUGCAACAGCAGCAGCAGCUGAACUCGAAGUGCAAACAGCAAAAGUGUCCACUGUGUCCGUAUAUCUCGGAGAGCAAGUCGCAGAUGAACUACCACAUCUCGUUGCACAAGCCGACUCAAUACGAGUGUUCGUUGUGCACUUUCGUGUGUGCCAAGAAGCAGCAUUUGAGCAGUCACAUGCGCACAGUGCACCAGCAACAUAAUUUGAGUGCGUCCAGUCAAUUGAGCAAUAUGAGUGCUGCCAUUAAUUCCAUGGAUUUCAGCAUGGCCUUGCAAUUGGCCGCCGUGGCACAAGCACAACAGGACCAAUCUUCACUCUCCUCCCCGCUAGCCAUUGAUCUGACAGCUCUAAAGCAAAAAAUAACUGCUGUCCAACACCAGCAACAGCAACAAAAUCAAAAACAGCUGCAGCAACAAUGCCAAACACAACAAACAUCUGCACAAAACGCGCAACAACAACAACAGCACCCCCACCAACAUCCGCCUACUGCAACUGAAAGCCAAAUGAAAUGCAUACUUUAUUGUCCGAAAUGCCCAGCGCGUUACAUCCAAAAAUACAACGAUACCUGGAACGCCAAGGCGGAAUUAGAAGACCACAUCAAAUGCCACAACGUAAGCGAUGUGUUGGAUAAUGCCGCCAACGCCCCACAAACGCCACCUCCACAACCUGCCUUCAAAUGCGAAUUUUGCGAUUACGACGCCGUACACGACGCCCAACUGCAAAAGCACCGUUAUGUGCAUACACAGCACUACCAAGACAAAUGUGCCGAACUAUACAAGCACGUACAAGAGGAUCUGCAAUAUGCGCCGCCCAAACUGAUGCAAAUUACCUUAGCGAAAAGCUUACAGCAGGCACCUGAGACGAUUUGGAUAGUCGACAACGAGUUGAAUGAUCAAUGCAAAGAUCAACUGCAGCAGCAGCAACAUGCGAGCAUCUCUUCCUCCUCAGUAACGCCCGCAAAGAUGACAACAUCAACGGCGACGGGUGCAGCGCAUUUCGAUAACGCCAAUUCACUGCUGAAGAAGCAACUCGAGUCGGGCAUGGGCAGUAACAGUGGCGCAUUGCGUAGCUCGCCAACAUCCACACCCACGCCCAAAGAGCUAGCCGACGCCGAUGAUUCGUCGAAUAUGCCAUCGACCAGCGCUUCGGUAGCCACCAGCGAUCUGGCGGUGGAUGGCGGCAGCGAUUUCACAUCUAGCGUAGCAUCGCCAGCGCCGGUUGAGAAAUGUCUGUAUUGUCCCUAUGAAACCAAGCAUACAACGCUUUACAAAGCACACUUGCAACAUCACAUUUGCAUUAGCAACCAGAAGGAGGCCUACACCUGUGAACACUGCGAUUACACAGACAGUAAACAGGAGCACAUUGAGGAGCACACACGCGUGCAUUUCAACGCGGUGGAAAAACUAAAGUCCGUGGCAUUCUUCACCUCCUACGACAAUUUGGAAUUGAGUGUCGAACGCGAUGAGGCAGACGACGACAAAGACGUUGAGAAUGAGUUGCAUAAAGAAGAGCGCGCAUGGCAAAGCGGCUAUAGAACGAAAGCGGUGACAGACACAGAAGAGCAAGAAGCGCCGAAGGCAAGGGCAGCACUGCAAUUAAAUAUUAAAGAGGAGCACAACAACAAUAAUGAAGAGCAUGUUAUCAACGAGAAUGUGGUGAAGGAGCAGCAACAGCAGCUGACAAGUGCGUCGAAAACCAACAACUCUAAAGCAAAAGUAGAUAGCGACGAAAAAGUGGUGGAGAAAUCAACAGUCGCAACAGCUGAAAACAUCAAAAAGCCCUGUAACAAAAUUAUACUCUACAAAACCGAUGGCUGUUUGAGCAUCAAGCGCGAAAGUGGUGGCGGCCAGAGCAACAACGCCAACAGCAAUGCAAGUAACUGCGAAAAUAUCAGUGAUCGCCUGCGGCGACGCAUUAGUCGUAAUAACAGCAACACCGCCAAUCAUCUAAAUAGUAUUGGCGGUAGCGGGAAUACGAACAAUAACAACAACAACAGCCAUAACAGCAAUUGUGACGAACAAGCUGACAGUGGCGCACAACAACAACAAAGCCAUAAAACCAUAUUAGUAAAUGCGAAAACUGGUCAAGUUAUAAGUAGGAAUUAAUGCUGUAGUGGUUAGCAAGUAUGUGUGAGUCUGUAGUCAUGUAGAAAGGGGAGCGCAUGCGCAAAUUAAGUGAGGAGCUGUACUUUAAGCGAGCGGAGUUGGGCGCGGCGCUCUAAAAACUUCGUAAUUAGUAUUUAAGCUAGAUGAAUGAUCUAAACACGUGACAAAUGAUGGGUGGAAAAUGCAGAAUGGCACUGUUGUUAUUAUUUUUGCUUCUUGAAUGCUUAGCGAAAUAAGGGCUAUCAAAAAGUUGAACCAAUCCUUAAGCGGGGUUUCAACCGAUUGUUGUUUUUGUUGUAACAACUUCAAACCUUGGUCGUCGCAUACAAAUCCGAAUUCUUCAUGUAACAUAGGCGCGACUCAAAGAUGAUAGAAUACAAGGUUACAUCUUUCGAAUUCGCUGUGUCGCCAGAGCUCAUGAAUAAACCAACAAAAGUAAAGGGAAUGACUUGUUUGUGAAGAGCAUACAAUUCGCCUUGGACGCGACUGUCUUUGCUAAAAUCGCACGUGUCAGCUGGCAUAUUUUUGCUGCUGCUCUUUUUUUAUGUUACUUGUGAAUGAAUGCAAGAAAUUCUGUAUGUGUAUGCAAUAAUACGCAAUAAUUUGUUUUGUUUUUGUUGUAUUGUGCAUUUAAAUUGCUAAAAAAACAUAAGUGUUUUUAAAAAAAUGUUAUUUCUUUUAUUAAAUAUAAUUGAGUUAUGCUUAGAAUUUGUUAAGAUGUACCUUUUGAAGAGCUGAAUCCAAAGUGCUUUUCAGGUUACGUGGUAUGUAUAUUUUUUUUUAUUUUUUUUUUAUUAUAAUUUUUUAUUAUUUUUUUCGUAUUGUUUAGCUUUAGCUGUAGCAGCAAAUUGUAAUUUUACUAAUUCAAAUUAAAUAUAAAAUAACUUCUCUUGUUUAUCGAGUAAACGCGCAAAUGAGUGCAAAAUGCACAUUUUAAACGGUUAUUUGAAUACACUUUACACACACACAGGCACGCUCAUGUUGUAAAUGUCUAUGCAAGUUUGGCAAAGCAAUUAAUUUGACGCCCAAUGAAAUGCCCUAUGAUCCAAUAGGACUCGGCUCCUAUGCUCCAGAAUUAAAAGAAAAAAAAUUAAUUUGUAUUCAACUGAUUUUGGCGUUUGGAUCAGUAAAUCCCAAGGCGUAUUCAUUAAAGGUGGCAUUCAGUUUUUUGUACGCUUGAUUGUCCAAGCAAAGUAUUGGUAAAGUAAAGGAAAAAACAAAGAAUGAAUUCGCCUUGUUUCAUUCUGGGCUGACAGCCACAUGGACACGGCGAAAGAGAAAAAAACAAAUCGGCUGAUUUGCCGAUACCACCUUUAAUAGAUUCGGCUUGAUUGGUUUCCAUAAAACGUAAGCAAAUAUUCAGCUGAAGAAUAUAGCGAGCAACUUUCAUAUUUUUAUCAUUUCUAAUACUUUAAAAUAAUCUUUAAAAUAACUAUAGUUUGUCAAUAUUUUUAAGUUAUUUAGCCUAUUGAGUUAUUUUCUCUCAGCGCAAUUCGUGCGCAAGUUUUCAAAGUAAUUCAAAAUAAAAACCAAUAAUGUCCAAUUAUAAAAAUAAAUUAAGAUUUUUUUUUUUUUUGAAAUAUUCAAAUAAUACUUAACGGCUUGUUUGAAAUCGUUUUCUUUGGUGCAAAUGUGUGUGCGGCUCUAUUGAAAAAAGAAGAAAAAAAUGAAGUAAAAUAUAUAGAAAAAAUUGGCUGUUAAUUAAAGUCAAAAAAUGAAGAGCAGUAGACAUCGGUGUUCUACUCCGCAAACUACCGCAAGUUUGUGCGCUCUCAACUAAUAGUUAUAAUAAAACUGUGAUUUUUAAAAUUGAAUUCAAAAAUGUUAACUGCAAAUAUUACAUUAAAUAACAAAACCUAUUUAGUUGCACUAAAUGAAUAAGCUACUAAAAAUUGUGCAAAAUGAGCAAAGAAAAAUUAUAAAAAUUAUAUGUAAAUCUAUUUAUACAAUAUGUUUGUAAAAUAUACUAGUAAACACGUGCUUAUACAUAUAAAUAUGUAAUUAAUUAACAUUUAUUGCGAAAGCGCCAACUUUUAUUGUUUAUUAUUUAAUUUUCAUUGUUUAUUACAGUAAUUUUUAUGAAUUCUUAGCCUUAGCUCGUUGUAAAAUGUAAGUAAGUAGCAAGCAAUUAAAAUUUGAAUUGCCUCGAGCAAUUAUUUAUAUGUUUUUACUUGUAUGUAUGUACAGUGCAUUUGCAAUUAAGCGAAUGCUUGCGAAAAAAAUGAGUAGUUAUAUAGUCAUUUAUUUGUAAAUCGAAAAUUUCAGUCGUUUCAAUGGCCGGCACUUACGUGCUGACAUUAACGAAAUUUAAUAGAAUUAAUUAAAUUUAAAUUAAAUGCACUAUGCACAAUUUUACUAAAAUAAAAUCAUUAUAAAAAUGUAGUCAUUAGAAGAGCAGUUGGUGAGCAGAGUAAAUGCAACUGCGAGGAGUCACAGCCAAGUGAUGUGACUGUAUAUAGAAAAAAAAUAUACCUUAUAUUAUAUUAUUAUUUGUAGAUAUGUAUUGAAUACUAAUUAUGUAUGCGUGCGCACAUACACAUGUAUGCGCUUUAAUGUUGGGAAUGCAGUUGUAUUUGAGAUGUAUUUUUUUCAAUUAUUUUUCAGCACAAAUCGCACUUUAGUUUUUGUAUAAAUGUAAAGAAUUACGGCGGACUUCUACAACCUAACAACAACGCAAUGUUGGUAAACAAAGAGACAAUUUUUUUGAGCAUAAUGGAGGUUUGCAUUUCGCCUUGCGAUUUUUUGUGCCCAAUAGAUUUUAUUACUUCCUCGCUGGUUGCUGUGGCAAAGUAUUUUGAGUGUAUGUUGACUGCCUUCGGUCGUUAUGCGUUUCGAAAUACUUUACAACGGAGUAACUUUUUCGCUGCAGCGUUAAAAAAAUCCUAAAUUUUGUAUUUUAUGAACUGCAUUUUUUUGUUUUGAGAAGUCAGCCACUAAUUUAGAAAUUCAUUGCGGAAAUCGUAUGCAAGGGUAUUAGCUGCGCUGGUAUUUUGAAAGGCUGCUAGGACGAGAGGUGACAAAAGAAGGCAGAACGCGAGUUGACAAAAAGAAAAUAUCAUAGAU